GCCCAUCCUUGAUCGCGUACUACGACUUGUACGCCCCUUCCGCCCUCCUCGACUGUCCGCGACAAGAUAGCAGCCAGCCUUGCUUUGGAUUGCUUGCAGGUGAUCCGGGCGACGCCUGAAUAGCUCACAGGCUGGGCGACGUCUUGCGGCAAUGGCUCAAGCACUGCGCCCACGACCAGUACCCCGCGUCCUUCUGCUCUCGCUUCUUGCCGUGGCGUGCUGGUUUCUACUGCGGCCUCUCCUCGACCCAGCUCCGCCUCUCCCUGCAUUGCAUGCGUCCUUAGGUUUAUCAAUACUUGCCCUCCUGGGAGCACUCUAUCUCGUCCCUUCGCUCGGGCCUGCCUUCGUCCAUGCCAAUCUCAAGGGCCGCGACCUCCUCAAGACAUACGACGAUCCUAUACCGGAAUCCCUUGGGCUUGUCUGCGCAGCGUUAUAUAUCCUCCUCUUAAUCCUAUUUAUUCCAUUUGCAUUCUCCGACUUCUUGAACGGCCAACGUAAUGCCGCCAAGAAGCCUCGCGAGGGGUUGGUCAUUAAUGAGUUCCCGCAUCAUCAGCUGUCUCUGUAUCUCUCAUCAUUACUAUCUCUCCUCAUGGCGACAAUGCUGGGCUUCCUCGACGACGUCUUUGACAUUCGAUGGCGACACAAACUACCAAUCCCAAUCAUAGCAUCUAUACCACUCCUCAUGGUAUACUACUCCGAGCGCGGUGCGACCGAUGUAGUGGUGCCUAUUCCAUUACGAUGGCUCCUGGGGUCAUUGCUAAACCUCGGCCCGCUGUACUACGUCUACAUGUCUUUGUUGUCCACCUUCUGCACGAACAGCAUCAACAUCCUCGCAGGGAUCAACGGCUCGGAAGUGGGCCAAGCGCUGGUAAUUGCGUUGUCGGUCAUCCUGAACGACUUGCUCUACCUACCCUGGCCAAUAGGCUUCCGUAUACCGCUCCAUUUGCUGGGACGUGGAAGAGAAGUGGACUUCGGUGGUGUCUGGAGCGCAGGGAUGGCGUACGGGAGCGCAGUGCUUGUUGAGCGCCACCUGUUCAGCCUGUACUUCAUGUUACCGCUCGUGGGCGUCUGUGCAGGAUUCAUGUAUCACAACUGGUAUCCAGCCCGUGUCUUUCCCGGGGACACACUCUGCUACGUGACGGGGAUGGCAUUCGCAGUCGUAGGCAUCCAGGCGCACUUUUCGAAGACUCUUCUUCUCUUCUUCCUCCCCCAAAUCUUCAACUUCGUCCUCUCCUGUCCGCAGCUCUUCGGACUUGUCCCCUGCCCACGGCACCGCGUGCCCAGAUUCGACGCGGAGACGGGCCUCCUCUACCCAUCCACGGCAUCCUUCAAGGAGCACGCGCCGUCGCGCCUCGCUACCGUCGUCCUGCGCGUCCUCGCCGCGCCCCGUUUCGUGCGACUUACCGCAGACCCUAAAACGAGCGAGAUCGCGGAGACGACAAACCUGACGAUCUUGAACGCGUUCCUCCUCCGGUUCGGCCCGAUGCGCGAGGAUAGCCUCGUGAAGGUGCUUAUCGCCACUCAGGUUGCGGGGAGUGUAUUCGCGUUCGUCGUGCGGUAUGGACUGGCAGGUCUGGUCUACGAUGGCAACAGGCGAUGAUAGCUAUGACGAUGCGCAUAUGCUCCUGGGAUUCACGAGCCCGACGGCGAGUUUGAGUCCCUUUCCCGGGGCUCCGCGCGGCGCGGCAUGGGGUAUGUACACGAACAUUCGGUGUUCUGUAGGCGGCCAUACCCCCUGUCCUCGGCCAGGUACUUUUGGCCGGGUUGCUGAGAGCUCGUCAUGGCUACGUGUUUGAGUAAAAAUAUACGGAACUACUCGGGACCGGUAGUAGUACAUCUGAGGUACUUAUAGUAACACUGGUUAUGCAGAGUGAUGACUUGGAUGUGCCCUGCGCGUACUCCGUCACGUGCAGACUCC